CGGAUGAAAUUCUCAAAUUCCUGGCGUCGUUUGCACGCGUCGUCGAACACGAUUCUCUCGUUUUGUUUUCUGAAAUUAGAAAUUGCGCAGUUCGGUAACGCUGUUCCAUUAAGCGGUAGUCGCUGAGCGGAGCCUCUUCAGUCCAGCAGAUCUACGAUAUGGGGCAAGGUAAAAGCCUGAUGGAGUCAAAGGACGCGUGGAAGGGUUGAUUCGCAGCCAUUGUCGGUUCUAGCGCGUAUGCUUCUGUGACGCUUCGAUCGGAUUUGGGACUGCCUGUGGUCUGUAUUCGCCAACUGGAUAUGCUGAACAUGGAAAAUGCCAUCCCAGUUUGGGACAGACUUCCUUCUACGUUGCAGUGGCGUCGCACCCGUACGUAUAUACUACUACUAGCUUACUAUUCGCCCGUCAUUGUCCUUCAUCCAACUUUUCCUAUUUUCUUUCUUUCUUUACUGUCGUCUACCAUCCUCAUUUUUUUCAUCUUCAACCUCCUUCAGCGCGCUAUGGGGGAACUGGAAACAGCUCAACAUUUUAUCUACAUCACACAGGUCUACUUUUGCUACGCUGUCAUUGUCUGGGACUGGGCCGUCAGCUUGCCUAGAGAAUGGACUUUUAUCUGGAAGACUCAUUGGACGCCCGUUAAGACUGCAUAUCUCUUCUGUCGCUACUGGGUUAUCGCCGUCGUUCCGUAUCUUUUAUAUGCUUUUGUCACCAACCACACCGAAGCAGAGUGCCAAAGAAUUUACAAGAUUCCUGUCGCAUUGGCCAUGUGGAACCAAGUCGGGUCCGAAUCUGUUCUGCUCAUUCGUACUUACGCAUUUUUCAACCGCAACAACUACCUCCUGGCAGCACUUGUAUGUGCGCUAGCUGGUGUCGUCGGGUAUCAACUUUUCGUCGAUACUUCUGAAAUGAUGCUUCUUCCGUUUGUCACUCCGCCCUUUAUUGCCCCACUUCUGUUCGACACUAUUGUUACCGCUAUCACUGUCUGGAAAGCAUUUGCAAUUCGCCGCCGCAGUGGCGGACCAAGUAGCAAACUCAUUCAAACUUUUCUUCGAGAAGGUGUCUUCUACUAUAUUCUGAUCUCUAUUGCCAACUUGAUCAAUGGGAUCUUCUACCUUCAACCUCGUCAAGUGAUGUCUGCGCUCAACAUCCCACUCAGCGUGAUGAUGGCGCCACUGUUGGCAUGUCGUUUGAUCCUUGAUCUUCGUGAACGUGGCGCAGAGACCGUUUCCCAUUCAGAAGGAACGGGCCCUGGCCGAGGACGCCACCGCGGCCCAGGCUCAACUAUCGCUUCAAACAUUAUGUUGAGCACUAUAGGGAGCAUCCAGCCCGAUCUUGAAGCAGCUGAGGUGGAGCUCGACGAGAUGCACUUUGAGCUCGGGGUGGGCUAUAGUGGAGAUAGCACGCGCUCAUUGGGUUCGGUGGAAAAUGCCACACCAGCUCCCGCCUAUAACUCGAUCGAGAUGGGAUUUAGUGCUCGGCCAGGAAGCGCGACUGACGAGAGUGGAGCAGCUGGCAUGUCUGCCGUCUCAGGGAUCAGAAUUGACGUAGAGAAGACGACAUCCACGAUAUGAGGAUCAUAUAUCCAAAUGAGCACCAGCCGGCUCUGCGCUCUCCCAUUCAAAUUCCCAUUUCUGCUCCGGAUCGCAUUGCAUUGAUUCUAGAUUCUCAUUGAUAUCCACGCAAAGGACGGUUCGUGCAUUCUGCACUUGCAUUCACUAGACUAUGCCAUGCUGUCUCUCGGAACUCGUGCAGCGCGUACUUACAUCAACGUUUAAUCAUGUACUUUUAGCUUUCCCCGGUCCCGGACUACCCAAGGUUUUCAAGUACAUAAAAACACCUCGGGUCUUCUACCCGUUUCUGCCUUUCUGUCCAUUGAUACUCGUUCUGUCUAUACCAUGUAUUUUUGUAACCCAACAUGCAACCCAUACGCG